CGAAGACUAAGUCCCAAGAACCACACAAUAGCUUAGGAUAUGGAGAUAAAAAUGACAUAAUAGUAAAAGCUCAAGCAAAACCAGAUCUCUCCAAUGGCGGCUUCUUCUUCAACUGGCCGUAGAUGGAAAUAUGAUGUGUUUUUGAGCUUUAGAGGUGAAGAUACACGUGGUGGCUUCACAGACCAUCUCUACCAAGCCUUAUCGCGUAAAGGAAUAUCGACAUUUAGAGACGAAAAUGAGAUCAAAGAAGGUAGUGAAAUUUCUUUAGAUCUUUCAGCCGCCAUCGAAGCGUCAAGAUUUGCAAUCGUUGUGGUAUCAGAAAACUAUGCUUCUUCAAGAUGGUGUCUCGGAGAAUUGGUUAAGAUCUUCGAAUGCCAAGAUCAGUUCGGAACGACUGUUUUACCAAUUUUUUACAAAGUGAAUCCUUCUCUUGUAAGAAAUCAGAGAGGAAGUUUUGGUGAUGCUUUUCUUAAACAUGAAGAAAGAUUUGGAAAAGAUGAGUUUAAGGUCCAAAAGUGGAGGCAGGUUCUGACCAACAUUGCCAACCUUAAAGCAUGGCUUCCCCAAGAUUGGUCAUAUGAAUCAGAAGUGAUAGAAAAAAUCUGUGAAGAAAUAUGGAAAAGAAUCAAAAAGAGCUUAACAACAGUCAUUGAAGAAGGCCAACUUAUAGGAAUCACAUCAAAACUAAACCAAAUAUCUUCACUUUUAAUCCCAAACUCAGAAUCAGAAAAUGAUGUGAUGUUCAUAGGAAUACAUGGAAUGGGUGGCAUUGGCAAGACGACAGUAGCUAUGGCUCUCUACGAGCAAAUUCACGACGAAUUCGAAGCUCAUUGCUUCCUCUCGAACAUUCGAGAGACUUUCAAGACCCACAAUCUUCCCUAUUUACAAUCCAAACUCCUCACAAAGAUGUUUGCAAUAAACAACAAUGACAUAUAUGAUGCUCAAGAAGGCAUUGCUUUGAUAACCAAAGCAAUUUCUCAAAAAAAGUCACUUCUUGUACUAGAUGAUGUGGAUCAACUAGAACAAAUCACUGGAUUAAUUCCAAUUACGAAGAAAUGUUGUUUCGGAUACGGUAGUCGAGUCAUCAUUACAACAAGAAAUGCAGAUUUGAUGUCGAUAUUUGAAGCGAAACGAAUGUUCAAAAUGGGAGAACUUGAAUACAAGGAAGCAAUUGAGCUCCUUAGUUUGAAUGCUUUCAUGGAAAAAUGUCCUAAAGAAUGUUACUUGGAUCACGCCAAAAGUAUUGUGAAGCUUGUGGGAGGCCAUCCUCUUGCACUCAAAGUGUUAGGGACAUGUUUGAGAAACAAAGAUUUGAGUGUGUGGAAUUGUGUACUACAAGAGCUCCAAGAAGGUGGGAACAUUAUUGUUCAUGAACAAAUUUUCAAGUGUCUUAAAGUAAGUUAUGAUGGAUUAGAUGAAAAGGAAAAGGUGAUUUUUCUUGAUGUUGCUUGCUUCUUCAAGGGAAAGGCAAGAGAUGUUGUAGAAGAAAUUCUAGAUGGGUGUGGUCUUUAUGCCAAAAGAAGGAUUCAACUUCUAAUUCAAAAAUCUCUUAUAACAUUAUCUCAUGACAAUAAAUUACAAGUACAUGAUUUGUUGCAAGAAAUGAGUUGGAGAAUCGUUCGUCGAAAACUCGUUCAAGAUCGAUUUUGGUGCCACAAAGAUAUCAUCAAAAAUGUGUUUCAGGAUACAAAAGCAGACAUCCAAAGCAUAAUUUUGAAGUCAACAAGAAAUAUUGUUGAAAUCCCACCCAUUUUGUUUUCAAGAAUGCACCAACUUAGGCUGCUUAAUUUUCACAAUGUGAGACUGAAAAAGCACAUGGAAUAUUGCUGCAUUAUUCCAAGUGAGUUAAGAUAUUUGAAGUGGAAAGGAUGUCCCUUUGAGUUUUUGCCAUUUAGUAGUUCUCAAGAAUAUGAGCUUAUUCAACUUCACGUCUGCCAUAGCAACUUCAAACAAUUUUGGCAAGGACAAAAGCAUUUGGGGAAGUUGAAGUAUAUCAAACUGAAUCAUUCUAAGAGACUUUUGAGAACUCCAGACUUCACACAAGUUCCAUAUCUUGAAAGAUUAGAGCUGGAAGGUUGCACAAGUUUAGUCAACAUUCAUCCAUCCAUUUUUGUUGCAAAAAGACUCAUUUUUCUAAGCUUGAAAGAUUGCAUCAAUCUCACCAAACUUCCAUCCCAUAUUACCAUUGAGGUUCUUGAAGUCCUAAUUCUCUCAGGUUGUUUAAAGCUCAAAAAACUCCCAGAAUUUACAGGCAACACAAGUAGAUUACUACAACUCCAUUUGGACAACACCUCCAUUGCGUCCCUACCUUUAUCUAUUACAACCUUGACAAGCCUAACAAUGCUAAGCUUAAAUAAUUGUAAAAGGUUGUUCCACAUUCCUACAACCAUUAAAUGGCUGGUGUCUUUAAGCCACGUCAGUCGACCCUCGAAGCUUGAAAACCGAAAAAGAAAAUUGGAUGAUGUUGAAGGGUUGGAGGAGCUCGAUGCACGAGAAACAAGAAAAAGAAGAGACGGUAAUGAUAAUAAUAAGGAUGAGGGUGGAUGUAAUAAAGUAAGACGGGUGUUGUUAUGGUUAUGCAGAACUCUAGGAAGCAAUAAUGUUUUUGGGAUUUCGUUGGUGUUUCGUCUACAAUCUCUUACCAAACUGGAUCUAAAGGAUUGCAACCUGAAAUCUAUCCCGGAAGAAAUCGAGUACUUGGUGUCAUUAAGAGAGCUGAAUAUUUCGGGUAACAACUUCUUACAAUUUCCCAUGAGCAUUUCUCGACUUUAUAACUUGAAAAGAUUGAUUAUGAACCGAUGCAAGAUGCUUCAAUAUUACCCGAAGCUUCCUCCAGCGAUCAGGAAGGCACGGUCAGUUGAUUGUUUUAUGGUGGAAAUGUUUCCAAAUUCAACUAAAGAGGGGGGUUCAUAUUUGGUGAAUUUAAUUGCUACAGACUAGCUAACAACAAACUCUAUAAGUCGAUCACGUCCAGUCAAAAUGGAGCAUUUAACAUCCUAGUACCUAGAAAUGAGAUUGCAGAGUGGCUUACAACAACAAAAAUGGGAUCUUCAAUUCUGAUAUUUGCAUGUGCAAAUAUCAGAAUGAAAUAGUGCGGAAUUCGUUUGAUAAGUAUGGAAUAAGAGAAGGAGGUAAUGAGAUUGUGUACCCUUAUCAGUAACAAGACAAUUGUUAAAAAGGUCAUAACAUACACAAUAUUCAGUCUAUGCCUUUGUUGAUAAAAGCUUAUAUACCUCACUCUGUCAUGUGCUUUGGUUUGUGGAUACUGGAUUAUAUCCUUUCACAUUUUUGAA